UGUAAACGGGUUUCAGUGUCGGAUCUGUGCCGUGCGCGCUGCCAUUUCCCCCUCCCGCGCUUUCACAGCGGAGCUCCGCCUAGUCAUCAGCCAGAGUAAUGUCGGGAUUUUGGAAACCUGGGACCGAGAAGCCUCGCCUCGUCGACGAUGAAGAAGGCGGCGUUCUUUUCUUUUCAGCUUCUCCUUCUUCCUCUUCCGGAUAUGGGUAUGCGAGUAUGGAGAAGCAAAGGCAGCGAUUGCCUGUUUACAAGUAUCGGACUGCCAUACUUUAUCUGGUGGAGACUCAUGCUACCACUAUCAUAGUUGGCGAGACGGGUAGUGGCAAGACUACUCAAAUUCCUCAGUACCUCAAAGAGGCAGGUUGGACCGACGGUGGUCGAGUAAUAGCUUGCACUCAACCAAGACGGCUAGCUGUCCAGGCUGUUGCAUCUAGAGUUGCAGAAGAGAUGGGAGUCAAACUUGGUGAGGAAGUUGGCUACACAAUCAGAUUUGAAGACCUUACAAAACCAGAUGUUACAGCAGUAAAGUUUUUAACCGAUGGCGUGCUGCUAAGGGAAAUGAUGGAUGAUCCACUUCUGACCAAAUAUAGUGUUAUAAUGGUAGAUGAAGCCCAUGAAAGGUCAAUUUCAACUGAUAUUUUACUUGGACUAUUGAAAAAGAUUCAACGGCGUCGACCAGAUCUGCGAUUGAUUAUCUCUUCUGCUACAAUUGAAGCAAAGUCAAUGGCUGAUUUCUUCCGGACAAGCAAAAAGCGUAGAGAACUUAAAAGUGAGGAGUGUGGACUACAGAUGGAGCCAGCAAUCUUGUCUGUUGAGGGUAGAGGCUUCAAUGUAGAAAUAAAUUACACUGAGGAACCUGUCCCGGAUUAUGUUCAGGCUACUGUUUCGACAGUACUUUUGAUUCAUGAGCAGGAACCUUCAGGUGAUAUUCUUGUUUUCCUUACUGGGCAAGAUGAUAUUGAUGCUGCUGUUCAGUUGCUUGAUGAAGAAACUCGAACUAAUGUAAAGAACUCUGCAGGAUUAAUCAUUUUGCCUCUAUAUUCUGGACUUCCUCGUGCUGAGCAGGAAUUGGUAUUUUCUCCCACUCCAAGAGGGAAGAGGAAAGUAGUUGUUUCAACAAAUAUAGCAGAAACAUCAAUUACUUUAGAGGGCAUUGUGUAUGUUGUUGAUAGUGGAUUCUCAAAACAGCGGUUCUACAAUCCGAUCUCUGAUAUAGAAAAUCUCGUUGUAGCACCCAUAUCCAAGGCUUCUGCUCGACAAAGAGCUGGAAGGGCUGGACGAGUACGACCGGGAAAGUGUUACAGGUUGUAUACAGAAGAGUAUUUUACCAAGGAGAUGUCUGAUGAGGGAAUUCCAGAGAUACAGAGAUCAAACCUUGUUUCAUGUGUAAUCCAGUUAAAAGCAUUGGGUAUAGAUAAUAUCUUGGGCUUUGAUUGGCCAGCGUCUCCAUCUCCUGAAGCUAUGAUUCGAGCGCUAGAAGUUCUUUACUCACUUGGUGUCUUGGAUGAUGAUGCCAAACUUGCUUCACCAACUGGAUUUCAAGUUGCAGAAAUUCCACUUGACCCUAUGAUCUCAAAAAUGCUGAUAGCUUCUAGCCAAUUUGGAUGUUUAGAGGAGACAAUUACAAUCGCUGCUGUUCUCUCCAUCCAAUCUAUCUGGAUCUCUGGGAGAGGGAUACAAAGGGAAUUGGAUGAAGCAAAAUUGAGAUUUGCUGCUGCGGAGGGCGACCAUGUAACAUUCCUUAAUGUAUACAAGGGAUUUCUUCAGGCUGGUAAAUCUUCACAAUGGUGCCACAAGAACCAUGUGAACUAUCAUGCUAUGAGAAAGGUUCUUGAAGUCAGGGAACAACUGAAAAGAAUUGCGCAGAGGAUAGGCUUAGUCUUAAAAUCUUGUGAAGGAGAUAUGAAGGUGGUUAGAAAAGCAGUUACUUCUGGGUUUUUCGCUAAUGCAUGCCUUCUAGAAGCAUUCAGCCAUGAUGGGAUGUACAAGACAAUCAGAGGUUCUCAGGAAGUUUAUAUUCAUCCAUCCUCAGUUUUAUUCAGAGUAAAUCCAAAGUGGGUAUUAUACAGUUCUCUUGUAUCAACUGAUAAGCAGUACAUGCGUAACGUCAUAUCCAUUGAUCCUUCUUGGCUGUUGGAAGCUGCUCCACAAUUCUACCAACUACAGCGUCCAAAUCCUCUUCACUGAUCCACUGGGAUAAAGGAAAGCAAAUAGGAUGUGCUUGAUAGAUAGAUACUGUUGUAACUUGUAAUCAUGUUAAUUCUCAGUUUUGGCAGCAUAUCAGCCAGUGAUAUGGAACACCUGAUGGAAGCUUAUUUCUGCUCCUCAUUGGAAGCUCAAGGUUUUGAUGGUAGCUCCCCCCCCCCCCCCCAAAA